AUGGCCCUGUCAACCAACCAGCAGGAGACAUGGCCCUGUCAACCAACCAACAGGAGACAUGGCCCUGUCAACCAACCAGCAGGAGACAUGGCCCUGUCAACCAACCAGCAGGAGACAUGGCCCUGUCAACCAACCAGCAGGAGACAUGGCCCUGUCAACCAACCAGCAGGAGACAUGGCCCUGUCAACCAACCAGCAGGAGACAUGGCCCUGUCUACCAACCAGCAGGAGAGAUGGCCCUGUCAACCAACCAGCAGGAGAGAUGGCCCUGUCAACCAACCAGCAGGAGACAUGGCCCUGUCAACCAACCAGCAGGAGACAUGGCCCUGUCAACCAACCAGCAGGAGACAUGGCCCUGCCAACCAACCAGCAGGAGACAUGGCCCUGUCAACCAACCAGCAGGAGAUAUGGCCCUGUCAACCAACCAGCAGGAGACAUGGCCCUGUCAACCAACCAGCAGGAGACAUGGCCCUGUCAACCAACCAGCAGGAGACAUGGCCCUGUCAACCAACCAGCAGGAGACAUGGCCUUGUCAACCAACCAGCAGGAGACAUGGCCCUGUCAACCAACCAGCAGGAGAUAUGGCCCUGUCAACCAACCAGCAGGAGACAUGUCCCUGUCAACCAACCAGCAGGAGACAUGGCCCUGCCAACCAACCAGCAGGAGACAUGGCCUUGUCAACCAACCAGCAGGAGACAUGGCCCUGUCAACCAACCAGCAGGAGACAUGGCCCUGUCAACCAACCAGCAGGAGACAUGGCCCUGUCAACCAACCAGCAGGAGACAUGGCCUUGUCAACCAACCAGCAGGAGACAUGGCCCUGUCAACCAACCAGCAGGAGAUAUGGCCCUGUCAACCAACCAGCAGGAGACAUGGCCCUGUCAACCAACCAGCAGGAGAUAUGGCCCUGUCAACCAACCAGCAGGAGACAUGGCCCUGUCAACCAACCAGCAGGAGACAUGGCCCUGUCAACCAACCAGCAGGAGAUAUGGCCUUGUCAACCAACCAGCAGGAGAUAUGGCCCUGUCAACCAACCAGCAGGAGACAUGGCCCUGUCAACCAACCAGCAGGAGACAUGGCCCUGUCAACCAACCAACAGGAGACAUGGCCCUGUCAACCAACCAGCAGGAGACAUGGCCCUGUCAACCAACCAGCAGGAGAGAUGGCCCUGUCAACCAACCAGCAGGAGAUAUGGCCCUGUCAACCAACCAACAGGAGAGAUGGCCCUGUCAACCAACCAGCAGGAGAUAUGGCCCUGUCAACCAACCAACAGGAGAGAUGGCCCUGUCAACCAACCAGCAGGAGACAUGGCCUUGUCAACCAACCAGCAGGAGACAUGGCCCUGUCAACCAACCAACAACAGACAUGGCCCUGUCAACCAACCAGCAGGAGACAUGGCCCUGUCAACCAAUCAGCAGGAGACAUGGCCUUGUAGUGGUCUGAUGGGGAACUCCUCUGCCUCCUUCAUGGGUACGUUCCUGGCCAGCAGUCUGGGCUCGUCCUCCCACCCCUCUCACCCCUCCCGGCCCCCCUCCUCACCCUCUUCACCCGGAUCCUUCCGUGGUGGGCCCCACUCCAGCGCCUCUCAGAUCUGGUUCCCUCACUCACACGAAGCAGCCCCGGGGUAUCCUCGAUUCUCAGGGAGUCUCGCCCAUACCUUCCUUCCCAUGAGCCACUUGGAUCACCAUGCCAACAGCGGCGUCCUCUACGGGCAGCACCGUUUCUACGACACCCAAAAAGAGAACUUCUAUCUAAGAAGCCUUCCGUCCCAGCCCCCUCUCAUCUCAGCCAAUCACGGUCUUCCGCCCAUCUCCAGGGCGGGGCCGGGACACCCUCAGGGCUCCUGCAGUCGGGACAUGGACCCAGGGGGCGGAGUCAGCCUACACAAGGGCCUGAAGGAGGGGUCCGUCGAGAGAGGGGUGGUCCCCAGCACCAAGGACAAGGAGAGGCCCAGCAGCAAACAGGAGACCAAGGAGCGACAGCAGCACCACAGCCACCACCCCCAGCCCUCACAUCCACACCACCACCACCCACACCCCGGCCACACACAGCCACACCCCCACCAGCAGCACCCCCAGUACCCACAGCACCCGGUCUCCCUGGAGGAGGUCAAUAGCAGAGCCCUGGAGAGGCACAUGGAGCACCAACAGACCCUAGGUAUGACCAGAACCCUCAGCGCCUGCCUGCUCAACGGAAAGAUGCAGAACGGGGGGGACUCUGGGACGGGUGGGGCCAAGGCUUCCAUGACUAGCUAUGGGGGGGAGGUGGUGGGGAGCAGGGGGGCUCAGACACAGGCCAGCCACAGACACAUGGAGGGUGGGGGGAACGUCCGCUGCACCAAGGAAGGGGUGAGCGGUGAGAUGAGGAUCAGUGAGCAGCCUUCGGACUGUCUGGAGGGGAGGGGCCAGAUGCUCCACCACGCCCUUCCCUACUCUGUGGCGCCGCCUCUGCAAAUGGGUUCAGCCGCUGGGGGAGGCCACCCCCACCUCCACCCCCACCACCACCCUCACCCGCAUCCGGGGGGGUUCCACUGCCUUCAGCUCCACCCCAGCCAUCCCCAUCACCCCCACACACACCACCACCCGGACUUCUUCUGCUCACCUCCACCUGCCCCUCUAACCAACCCCUCGCCGCACGAGAGGGGAGGGGGAGGGGGGCGAGACCCCAAAGUGACAGGGCCCACGUUCAUACCAUCUGUAGGGGGAGGACACCUGGGGGACAAGUCCAGCGAGGACCCCUUCCAGAUGGGCACCCCAACCGCCUGCCAGGGGUUAGUGGGUGGGGGCGGCAGUGCCAAGGACAAGGCCAUGGAGAAGAGUGGGGGAGGGGCCCCCCCCAGUAACUGGCACAGGAAACAGCAACAGCAGCACCCGUACAGAAAGGCUGAGAAGGCCCCGGACUGGAUGCAGCAGCAGAGUCACCACCACCACCCCCAACAACCCCAGCCCCAACAAACCCAGCAGCCCCAGCCCCAACAACCCCAGCCCCAACAACCCCAGCCCCAACAACCCCUUUCCCAGCAGCCCCAGCCCCAGCAGCCCCAGCAGCACCAAGCCGUGCGUUCCCGCAGCGUUGAAUGCAUCAAUAGCGUGGGAGUGGACACCACCGAUGUGUUCCGGCCCUCUCUUCCCCAGGGAGCCAAGGCCGGACACUCCCUCCCCCACUCAGUCAACACCUCCCCCUACAGAGACUGCUCCCUCCCGGGCCCCCUGCCCAACGCCUCACCCCUGGGGGGUCGGGGAGGUGCAGGCGGUGGUGCUGGAGGUGGGAGUUGUUCCUUACAGAGAGAUGGCCAGAAGGUGGCCCGUAUUCGCCACCAGCAGCACGGCGGGCCUGGCCCGGACGCCCCAGCAGCAGAGCUGAACCAGAGCAACAAACAGAACCAGAACCAGGACCUGAACAGGAAGCUGGAGAUGGAGAUGUCCCCGUACGGCUACAGCAACAGUGGGCAGGGACAGCAGCAUCACCCCCAGCAGCCCCCGGUUCCUCCCUGGGCCAUGAGGCCUCACCACGUCCACCCUGCAGAGGAGGAGCAGCAGCGGAAGGCCUACAUGGAGUCUCUCAGUGGUGGCAGGCAACAGCCCCAGCAACAACCAGGGCAAGGUAUGGGCCUCCCUCCUCAUCCUUCUCCCCAGCCACCUCCACCCCCAGCCCCCUCUCAGCAGCAGCAAGACCCCCAGGUCGCCUCACAGGCCCAGGAGGAGAACAGUGCCAUGAAGAGCCUGCUGAAGUACAGCACCCAGCAGCAGCCCCUGCUCCUCUCCCAGAAGAGUCCCUUCGGAGGCCUGGGGAGCCUCAAAUCCGGUGGCCCUGGUGGUCCUGGAGGUGGAGCCCCCGGGGUUAGCUGCACCCUGCAAGGCAGCAAACAACAACAGGCCCUACCCACCAGGAAGGGCCCGGCCAAUGACGGCGAGCGCUCUGACUGUGGGGGGCGUGGCCGGGAGGUGGGCGAGGCGGUGGGUCACGGUGAGGGAGAGGUGCGCCAACCGCCUGUGGGCAUCGCAGUCGCCGUGGCGAGGCAGAGGGAACCGUCCUGUCGCCCGGUGGACGCCCACCACAACAGCCGGCAGGGGCGGGUGCACCCCUCCAUGAAAGGACCUCCUCGCUCCAUGUACCCCUCAGACCCUGCAGGAGAGGAGGAGAGGAAGAGGAUGAGUGGAGAGCGGAUGGGUCUGACCUGCCUGGACCGAGACAGAGAGGCCUACAUCAGGGAUAAUAAAGAUCCAGUGGAAUUCACAAGGAUCCAUCCGUCCAACAGCUGUCACGGUGACAUCACCUCUCACCUCAUGGUGCCGGGUGGGACUUCCCUACAAUCUGGCCAAUUAGGAGACCCCUCUGCACAUGCACACGCCCACUCGGCCCACCACCAUUGGAUGCCGAGCACUGGAAGUCCCUCCAUCUGGAUGACAAGCCACUCCUACGGAAUCGGCCACUCAGCCCUUCACCAGAACCUCACCCCAGGUUUUUCUGCAGCCAUGCCAGGGUCUCUACAGCCUGUGCUGCCUUUGCCCCAGGACCCGUCUACCCAGCUGGUGGUGCUACCCACAGAGCCUGCUGCCCACCCUGCCACACAUCACCUGGAUGUGAUGGAGCAGCCUGGGCUGUGGCCCCCAGUGUACGGAGCCCGAAGGCCCUCCUCCCACAUACACCCACAACACCCCGCUGUGUACUCCCGCUCGCAGUUUCUACGGCAACAGGAGCUGUACGCUCUCCAGCAGCAUCAACAGCAUCAUCAUCUGCAGCAGCAGCAUCAACACCAACAGCAACAGAGUCACCAGUCACACCCCCAACCCCAUCCUCAACCCCAGCCACAGCCCCAGCCACAGACCCAGCCACAGCCCCAGCCACAGACACAGCCACAGACACAGCCACAGACACAGCCACAGACCCAGCCACAGACCCAGCCUCAGCAGCACCACAGGGCAGCACAGACCAUGGAGCUCCAACACAGACCCAACCACACCCAGGUGCAGAAGAGACCUGAGGAGCCUUCAGUGGAGCUGGAGGAGCUGCUCUCUGAGCAACCAGGUUCUAAACCUUCCAAAUCCUACUCCUCCUACCACAACCCCUCCUCCAACAGAAACACCCCCACCCCGGGGGCCUGCACUGCUCACCUGUCCCCCUGCUGCCAGUCCCAGUCCCCCUCCCUGUGCCCCCACCCUAAGAGCACCCCAUCCACCCCCUGCCCCGCCCCUAGCCCGGCAGCCGCCGCCCCUCGGUCUCCGGCCAUCAGUCCCGCCCCCCCACAGCUGCCAAAAGGGACGGAGUCCCAGGACAAGAGAGGAGAGGGACAGCCCCCGCAGGAUUACCCACAAUCCCUGGAGCCUGACUUGCCUCCUGGAUACACCUACCCUGCCAUCGCCAUGGGUUACAGGAGCGGCACAUCCCCCCACGAUGUCCGAUUGGCCGAGCCAGCAGACCUGGAGGCGGUCCAGGCGGAGCCUGCUGAAAAUGCUCCCCAGCCUCUCUCCAGCCUGGGGGCGGGGCUAGAGUGUCAGGCCGUGGUGAGGCCCCUCCCACACGAGGAAGUGCAGGAGGAAGAGGAGGGGCAAAAGGAAGAGGAGGUGCAGAGAGAAGAGGUGGAAGCCGGAGUAGCAGCAGGCAGCUGUGGACCUCCAGAACAGGAGGAGGAGGUGUGUCCUCCUGCGGAGAGCCGUGUGUGUGAAACCGCCUCCUGUCCCAUCCCUAUCCCCCUCUCUGAGGAGGAGAACCACAGAGCUGACCCCUCCUCCACCCUGGAGGAGGAGGAAAAGUGCAAGGUGGAGAGAAGACAGCAGCAGGAGGUGGCAGGAGAACAGGAGGAGCCAGAGCAGGGCUCCACCAUCAUCGACUUGGACCCUCCCUGCCCUGCCCAGCCCCACCAGGAGGCACAUACUGAGGAGGAAGAGGAGGGAGGAAAGGAGGAGCAGGAGGAGGAGAGUACUCCUAAUGAUGACAACCACUCAGUAGAGUUGGCGUGCCUCUCCCCCUCCUCUCCCUCUCCGUGCCCCAGCCAGUCUAUCAUCACCCUCUCCACCUCCCUGAAACCCAUUGUGCCUAGUUAUUGGAGCCUAGAGCUGCUAAUCGCUGCAGCCUUCUGCGCCGACGUCCCUCCGUUUCCCAUGCUGCCCUCCAGCACGCUCCAGCCCCAGGCCUGUGACACCCAUCCCUGCCCCAGCCACCCCCACCACGGCAUGGAGCUGCUCAGCGAGCUGGCCGACCUGGAGCUCCAACAGCACCGACACAACACAGGAGACAGCCAAGGAGAGGAGAUGUUGAUCUUUGACCUCCAGAGUCUUGCCACCCUGGCAGCAGCCCGUGCCUUGGAGCUGGGUGCCCAGGAGGGUAGCGGGGAGGGCGCCGGGCUGCACUAUCCGGCCCGCAAGACCCUCAACCUGCGCAGGAAAUGCAGCUGGACACCUCGCCACGAACCGGCAUGCCCGGCCAAGGGCACCAUGGAGAGGAUGGAGGGUCCGGAGCUGGCCAUGCGGGUGAAGCUGGCAGAGCUCCAGAGGCGUUACAAAGAGAAACAGAGGGAGUUAGCCAAGCUACAGAGGAAGCAUGACCACCAGAAGGAGGAAACACCUCGCAGCCCUGCUCGUAGAGGACCGGGGCGGCCCAGGAAACGUAAAUCAACCCCCGCCGCUGGCCCAGGCUCCUCCUCUGAGACCCAGAGAAAAGUCAAGUCGUUAGGGGCGGGACUUGGCCUGUCGCCCGAGGACCUGCUGGGAGGAGGGGGCGGGGACGCCCAGAGGAAGAAGAAGAAGCUGUCCAAUCGGGGCUUUGAGCGGCUCGGCGCGGCAGAGAUAAAAGUGCAUGGCAGCAGAAAGAGUGUCCUCAGCUCCAAGCUGGCCCGUGACGUGGCCCAUCAGCAGCUCAGACAGCACAAGGCCCAGGGCGGGAAGAGGACUGGGAUGGGGGCAGGACCACGGGAUAAGGAGGAGGCGGCCUCUGCGGCUAGUUCUGCCCCCAAGCACCAUGGACAUCGAGGCCAGGCCACCUCCAAGGCUGAGUCCAGACGAGUCAUCAACGAGUCCGGCGGUCAGAGUGACACAGUGGACUGUCAGCCUGCUGAACAAGCCCCUCCCCCACUCUCCAGUGGACUCCUGCUGAACAAGCCCCUCCCCACUCUCCAGUGGACUGUCAGCCUGCUGAACAAGCCCCUCCCCCACUCUCCAGUGGACUGUCAGCCUGCUGAACAAGCCCCUCCCCCACUCUCCAGUGGACUCCUGUUGAACAAGCUCCUCCCCACUCUCCAGUGGACUGUCAGUCUGCUGAACAAGCCCCUCCCCACUCUCCAGUGGACUGUCAGCCUGCUGAACAAGCCCCUCCCCCACUCUCCAGUGGACUGUCAGUCUGCUGAACAAGCCCCUCCCCACUCUCCAGUGGACUGUCAGCCUGCUGAACAAGCCCCUCCCCCACUCUCCAGUGGACUCCUGCUGAACAAGCCCCUCCCCACUCUCCAGUGGACUGUCAGCCUGCUGAACAAGCCCCUCCCCCACUCUCCAGUGGACUGUCAGCCUGCUGAACAAGCCCCUCCCCCACUCUCCAGUGGACUCCUGUUGAACAAGCCCCUCCCCACUCUCCAGUGGACUGUCAGUCUGCUGAACAAGCCCCUCCCCACUCUCCAGUGGACUGUCAGCCUGCUGAACAAGCCCCUCCCCCACUCUCCAGUGGACUGUCAGUCUGCUGAACAAGCCCCUCCCCACUCUCCAGUGGACUGUCAGCCUGCUGAACAAGCCCCUCCCCCACUCUCCAGUGGACUGUCAGCCUGCUGA